AUGGCAGAUUAUAAUUGUAUUUCAUUUCAUCUUUUUUUUAUUCUAAUUUUCUAUUCUUUCCUUAGAGUUGAAUCAUUUAUUCCUCUAGGACGUGUAUCCCAUUCCUCUAUUCUUGUAGAAAAUAAACUUUAUUUUUUUGGUGGUGAUAUUGGAUUAGAUAUUAAUAUUGAUUCAAACGAAGUGUUCUAUCUUGAUGUAUCUCAACAAUUUGAUGCGGAGUUUCCGACAUGGACAGACCUUACAAUUAAUUCAGGAAUAGGAUUUAAAAGUGCUUUUGCAGCUAUUGCAUUAAAUAAUGAUAAUCAUAUUUACCUAAUUGGGGGAACGAUGCAAAAUCAAAAUAAUGAAGAUUCUUUUACCUCUCUGGUGCAUAAAUUUAAUCCAAAAUCGGGGCAAUGGGAAGUACCCAUUAUUGCGGGAAAAGAACCAGCAAGACGAAGGUUCAUAAAAGCUGUUGCCGAUAAUUUUGGAAAUAUUUAUGUUUUUGGUGGAUUGGCAGAUAAAUUCGUAGGUUCAAAUGUUGUUCAAUAUUUUAACGAUAUGAUAAUAUUAAAUACCAUUGAUUUAACCUGGUCAUAUGGACCCGUUGCCAAUGCUCCUUUAAAACGAGUCCUCUAUACCGCAACAAUAUUACCAGGUGGUGAAAUUUUAUAUAUUGGAGGUGUUGAAGAUAGUGACAAUGCUUUGAAUGUAGUAGAUAUUAAUCAAAUUUACAUUUUUCAUACUAAAAAUAAUGUAUGGUCAGUAAUGGUAAGCACAUAA